CCAUGCACUUUCAAUCUCCCUCCAACUUCAACCAGUAAGAAGACAAUGUAAUAAGGAAACAAAACCCUAUCCUAAAUUUCAAUCGUCAGUUUCUCAGAAAAAAUGUCGAAAUUAAAUCACCAAAAAGACCUGGAUCUCCUUCUCUCUCUACCAGAUAGGGUUUUAGAAACCCCUCCAGCUUCUCCUUCAUCUAAUUUCCCAGAUUAUUUGUCGGAUGAUGGAUCGCCAAAGCGAUCGAGGGAGGCAGAUAUGUCUGUCUUUAGAGAUGCUGUUCAGGAUUGUCUUGAUUAUGAUACUGAAAUUGCCAAAAAAGCUGUCAAAUCAAAGCAUACCAAGGGGUCAAGUGAUCUUGAGGUUGAAAAAUUCUCAGGUUUGCGAAUUCGAAAUCAACUAGUUUCAGCUGUUGAACUGAGCAACCAUUUUGCUGAUAUUAGGUUCAUCCGGUUAUCAGCAAUAAGGAAUUCGCUAGCAGGCGACACCCUUUCUGGUUGUUGGGCAACUGUUGGCGUUUUAACUGAGAAGGGGCAACAAAGAACAAGUUCAACAGGGAAGAACUACGCAAUCUGGAAAAUGGGAUCUUUGGAUGAAAAAACUAUUUCUCUUUUUCUUUUUGGUGAUGCUUAUCAGAAGAACUGCAAUGAAAAGGCUGGUGCAGUUUUUGCCCUAUUCAAUUGCAGUGUGCGCAAAGACAACUCGGAAAAUGGGUUUUCUUUGAGUGUUUAUUCAGCCAGUCACAUUUUAAAGAUUGGCACGUCUGUGGAUUAUGGAGUUUGCAAGGGAAAAAGGAAGGAUGGGAUGGCUUGCACAUUAGUCGUUAACAAGCGGCGUGGAACAUAUUGCAGCUACCAUAAGCAGAGAACAUCUGAGAAAUACUCCAGUACAACAAGGGCUGAACUCAAAGGGGGGAACCUACAAACGGGUUUCAGAGAUCAUCUCAAGUCAGAAGGAAUUUACAUGGUUAAGCCUUUAACUGACAAGACAAACUUUACAAAGUCUGCAGCACCGUUGAAAUUACUGUCUGUUGAUGGAUUGAAAAAGGCAUUAAGCAAAGCGGGGAAAGUGACUACCAAUGUACAUUCUCAAGGAAUAAGGUUUCUUAGUCAAAUGACAGGAAACUUGAACUCAAGUAGUACCAAAGAAUCUAUUACUGACCAAGAUCACACAAAAAAUAGGACAAACGAAAGGUCAUCUUCCACCAAGAGAAAGAAUCUAAGUGAAAUCAGACCAAGUCAUAGUUUUGAGCACAAGAAACCAAAAGUGGGGCAGCAGCAGCAGAAUUCAGCACAAAAACCUGUGCAGGUUAAAGAAAAAAUGAUAGAACUAGACCUUGUCAGUUCAGAUGAUGAACUUUAGAUUUACCAUAUACUAUGCUAGUGUUUGUAAUCAUCUGAUGUCCUGUUUAAUAUAUUCUUUUUCCUCUUUCAUUUCAUACAGUAAAUUCUUAGCUUGUUGAAUAUGAACUUCUACUCUUGUUA